CUUACUCAGGACAACCAUGGUCUUAGUGUGCAACAAUCGUAAUGGAAUUUGGCAAUUUUUUCUAAAAGAGGAUUUGAAUAUCAUCUAUUAUCUAUUAUCAUACACAAAACAUCACGAAUAACAACACAAACUUUAUCAUUUAAUGUACAUUAUGGUAUUCAAUACAAAAUCAAACGAUAAAUGACCUUAGUUUUAUAAAAUUUAAUAGCUACGAAAAGUGUAAAACAAAUACUCGAGAUUAUCCAGACUUAUUGCAUUAUAUACGGCUUAAUUGCGGAAUAUGGACAUUUUGUUUACGAAGUAACCUAAUACCCAAUGCUUUCAUUGAGACUCGUCUCAGUACAUCUUAACACCAAAAUUUUAUAUUUCUGCUAAAAACAUCAGUUGCAUUGUAAUAACUGUACCGAUUGUUGUUGGGAUUUUGAAUUAGUAGUUAAUUAAGACUCAAGUAUCUGGUUUCAUGGUUUGCAAUCUGCUUUUAUCGAGCAUUCAAAGACAAUCCGCUAUUCAGUGUCAUUUUCGAUCAAUGGCUACCAAAUGCAGGUUUCACUUGUUUUACUUCGGCUAGAAAUAGCUGAUGAAACAAGCAUUCCCAAAGUAUUAAAACGUUACUGUGCUCCAGGAUUUGAUAACAAGAUAAAGUUACAAUCAGAAAAACAAAAGUCAUCUUACGCAUCUAUUGUUUCCUCUAAGCCUAUCAACCACAAAUACACGGCAGAGUUGUGUGAAUUUCAUGGCAAGAGAACUUAUUGUGACAUCAGUCUGGAGUUUUAUGUCACGUCAGAGAUGGAAGUUUCAGAGAUGCUGAAUGAAACGUUAGAUGUUAGGAAAAGUGAUAGCGGUGACACAAAUCCUGACAUAGCCAAAUCUCCCACUCCAACUACUACUUUGCAUUUCUAUUCUGGUAACCCAUGUGUUGAGUUAACCAAAGGAAUUCUUCACAUUUAUAAAGAUAAUCAUCUGACAUCACUUGAUGAAGGGGUAUCGAGAAGUGAAAUGAUUUGUAUAUUGGCUGUUCCAGCAUCAUAUACCAUACAUGACCUGUUGAAUUUUACUUCAUCAAUGAGCUCAUGUAUAGAGCACAUGCAGAUAAUUCGAGAUAAGAAACCGAAUCAGUAUAUGGUUUUAUUAAAGUUCAGUAAUCAGAAGGCUUGCGAUGAAUUCUAUAGUUAUUUUAACAAUAGACCCUUUAACUCAAUAGAACCAGAUAUCUGCCAUCUAGUUUAUGUAUCUCAAGUUGAGGUUAUGAAAGAAUCGGAAGGUGCAGCCAAACCUAUACCAGGUGUAACAGAACUACCCAAUUGCCCUGUAUGUUUGGAAAGAAUGGAGGAGUCUGUUGAUGGAGUAUUAACUGUAUUGUGCAAUCAUGCAUUCCAUAUGUCUUGUUUGCAGAAAUGGGGUGAUACUAGUUGUCCUGUAUGUCGUUAUGUUCAGACCCCAGAAGAAACUGUUGACAAUCGUUGUAUGAAAUGUUCUUCACAUGAAAGUUUAUGGAUUUGUUUAAUUUGUGGUCACGUUGGUUGUGGACGUUAUGUUGGACUUCAUGCAUAUAGACAUUUUCAAGAGACAAACCAUACAUAUGCCAUGCAACUUGGUAAUAAUAAAGUUUGGGAUUAUGCAGGAGAUAACUAUGUACAUAGAUUAGUUCAGAAUAAAUCAGAUGGGAAACUGGUAGAAGUUGAUGAAGGGGGAAAUAUUGUACAAGAUGAGAAAUUAGACACUUUAACAUUAGAGUAUACCAAUUUACUGACCACACAGCUUGAUUCACAACGUUUAUAUUUUGAAGACCAAAUGUUAGAAGUUACUAAACAGUAUAAGGAACAGGUAGAUGAAUUGUCUAAAAGAUGGACAACACAGAUGGAGGAACUAGACAAUAAAGGCUAUGUUUUAACAGAAGUAUCAAAAGAGAAACAGUCCCUAGAAAAGAGAUGCUCCAAUUUACAUUCAAGGUUGACAAAAGCUUUAACUGAACUCCAAGACGAGAAGCAGAUGAAUAAAUGUCUGAGAGAAAAUCAAUCACAGUGGCAAGAAAGAGUUGGCGCAUUGGAGUCACAAAUUAAAGAUACCACUGAAAACAAGGAUAAAGAAAUCAAAGAUUUAAAAGAGCAACUUAGAGAUGUGAUGUUUUAUCUUGAAGCCCAACAGAAGCUGUCAAAUACAACUGAACUAAGUCAAGAAGAGAUACAAGAUGGCCAUGUUAUUGUAGGAGCAUCUGCUUCAACUAGUCAGUCAGGGAAGAAGGGGAAUGGUAGAAAGAAACAGAGAUAAUCAUAUUAGCUGUUAUUCACACCUAUGUUUUAUUGUUUAACUGUGAUAUAUGUCUUGUUUAAUAUUUGAUUUGAAGGUACAACUAUACCUAAUUAUAUUCAUUAUAGUACAUUUGGUUUGUUUCAAGAUUCAUAGUCUUAAAAUAGGCUUAAAACUGAAUGUUAUGAUUGCUUAAAUAAAUACCUGGAAAAAACCCAAGAAAUUAUUGAAUUUGACUUCUCGUACAAAAAUUGAUCAAAACUAAAAAGAAAGAAUUUGACAAAAUUCUUGUUAUCUUGAAUCUGGUGCAAACUGCCUCAUGAAAAUUGUUGUCAUGAUUCUUGAAGCUUUUUGUCAAUGGGUCCUGUGGAUCGACUUACUGUACUGGUUAUAAAAAUACGUAAUCAAAAUUGGUACCAUUUAUUUUACUUCUAAGUCUUUUAGAACAUAUGCUUAUAAUUUUAUGUCACUAUUAUUUAUUUCAUAAAAAUUUGGAUUAACAAGACAAUUUUUAUUGAUGUCACCAGUGCUAUUUAUGUAUUUGAAAAUUGAAAAUUAAAUGAUAUUAAAUGUAUGUUCUUGUAUUGCAAA